GCGUAUGGCGGCGCACCUUCCAUCAAUUGCGGUCGUUCUACAUCAACUCUUCCAGAUACACAAUCAUUUUCAUAAUUGAUCAUCGAAAAUGUCCUCAGCAAAGAAACCGCCGCCAAACCCCCAAUACAAGCGUUUCAAAUACUCCGACGAGUCUAUGAAAAAAGCUAUCGAAGCAGUAAAAAAUGGGCAAUCUUUAAGCAACGCAGCAUCCGCCUACAGCGUUCCAAAAACGACCUUGCAUUCCCGAGUGACAGGUAAAUUUUCCGAGAAAGGCAAAAUGGGACCUAAAUCCAUUCUAACCGAAGAAGAAGAGCAAGACUUGAAGCGUUGGAUCUUGGGUAAAGCCCAGUUGGGCUUCCCAAUGCAUCCAGACGAGGUGAAAGACGCAGUUCAAAAAAUUCUCCUCGAGUCCCCAAGAGAAAAUCCCUUCAAGAACAACCGUCCCGGGAAUAAAUGGCUCACUCUCUUCAUGAAGAGACACCCAGAGAUUAGCACAAAGAACUCUGAAAUCGUUUCGAGAGCUAAAAUCACUGUUACGCAAGAGGGAUUAAAAGAGUGGUUCAUCGAGACCAGAAGUUUCCUCACCAAGAAACAUUGUCUCGACGUUUUGGAUUUACCUGGCAGCAUAUUUUACGUUGAAGAGAGUGGCGUGCUGGUUUGUCCAAAGUCUGGAGUCAUCCUGGGGCCAAAGAGCGAGAGGAGAACGUCUGAAACGUCUGGAACUGAAAAAGAGUUUAUCACAGUUUUGUGCACUUUCUCAGCAGCUGGUGAUAUCGUUCCUCCGAUGGUGGUUUAUCCUUACAAAAGAAUUCCCACGCACAUACAAGUAUUGUUUCCAGAUAAAUGGACCAUUGCCAAGUCGGAGACUGGACUGAUUGCCACCACAACGUUCCAGGAUUACGUUAUCAAGAGCUUCCACCCUUGGUGUUUGAAGGAAAACGUGCAAUUCCCAGUGAUUAUCUUCACUCAUUCUCAGAAGCAUCAUGUGACUGCUGAGCUUCACGAGUUCUGUGUGAAAAAUGAGAUUAUUAUUUACUCACUGCCAUUGCAUUCGACUGGAAUGAUGAGGAGAUUUGAUUCUGCUGUGUUGAAACCUUUGAGGAACUUCUGGAAACGGAAAAUUGAUGAGGGAAAACAGCCAGGGGUUAAGGCCAUUACGAAGACCACUUUUGCUCCACUUUGUAAGAGAUCCAUCGAUGAAUUCCUGGGUGAUGAGAGAGAAAGGAUAAUCAAGGAGGGAUUUAAAAUUGUUGGGCUGUUUCCUUUUGACGAGAAUGCUGUGGACUACAGUAAAUGUCUGCCUGAAGCUGCUCAGGAGAAGAUCUCAGAGUCCCUGAUCAUGAUGAGGGACUACAAAUCUGCUAAGAAGGUCAUUGAGUAUUUUAUUGGGCCUGUGCGGACCAAUUUGUUUGAGAGUAUUAGGAACGGAGAUAAGUCAGAGGAUUCUCUGGAUCCUCUAUUCCUGUGCUGGAACAUGUGUGUUGAUAAGGUAGAGGAGGUAGAGAGUAUUGAGGUAGAUGAAGAUUUAGUAGCACAGGAGGAUGACGAAGAGGAAGAGAAUGCUGAUGAUGGGUUCCAUUACGUUUUCUAAUGACUAAUGUAUGAAUAGUAAAUAAAACGGAUUAUUCGUUGUUGA